AUGAAGCGAGCAAAGGAUUAUGUCUGGAUGGCUAAAACAUGGACUAGAUCAAUUUAUUCAGAUGUUUGGUGUGAUGGCUUGACGAUUGAUACGUCUGAGAUAUCUUUCACCGACUCAAGUUUGCCGAAUUUGUUGCCUGGGAUGUUUGAUGAGGAUAACAAUUUGACUUGGAAGAAAUUGACUAGUGCUGGUCCUACAUUAAGCUUGCUUGAUGACAAUGUUAUUUACAUUAUGGCGAAGGAGAGCAUGUGCCAUCCGACAGCAUAUGUACUUACUGUGGACACCAAAAGUUUGAAGCUCGAGUCUGGUGCGCAGUGUGCUCCUCAAAAGACGGCGUGGUUCGAACCAACAUAUGAACCGUGUGUUCUUUUUAGCUCUUUUGGCACGACUUCAGAGUUGGUUAAAGAAUUUGAAACCAAAGGGACAAUAUCUGAAAUCAAGGAAGGGCCGGUGCUCUCGGUGGUGUCGAAGCGUCUCCGUGUGCUGCGGAAGAAGCAGAAUCGCAUCGCGCAGAUGGAGGAGUCCGUCGCUGCCGGCAAGAUGCUUAACCAGGAGCAGAAGGAGCUCAUGCACUCCAAGCCCGUCAUCGCCGCGCUCAUUGACGAGCUUGAGCGCCUCCGCGUACCACUCUCCACCUCUCUCACCAAGGAGCUCUCCACCGUCCCUGCACCUGCUGCCGGUUCCUCAUCCUUUGGCUCCGAUUUGUCCGUUCAGGACCUCCUCGCGCUCAUCUACUUCGGCUCCCUUUUUUAUGUCAAGUCACCGAACGAGUUCAUCGCCACCAUGGUUGCGCGCAAGCACGAACGGAGCAGCUGCAUCACCCACGGCUACGUAUGGGAUGAUACCGCGGACCUGCUUGUGGAGAACGACCUUGACGCAGUGUCUGCUGUGGCAGCCCUUGCCGCGGCUCGCCCUGCUUCCGCAGUUGGUGUCUCCCACCACGAUGCACUCCAGGCCUGUGCCCAUCAUGCCCGCCUAUGGCUAACCCGUGCUGAUGCGCCGAUCCACCCUGGCUCCUCUGUUACAUAUGCUGCGGUGAGGUCCAAGUUAGACAGGAUCAUGGCAUCAGACUACUACACAGCACCUGCAGUUGCUGGGAACCAUGGAGCUGAAGGUCUGCACUCUGCAGGCACAGAUGAGCAUGACCGACUCACCAGAGGCACCAUCACUCAAGGAGAUCCUAGCUGCUGAAAAUCACAAGAUCCAUGAUGUAGUUUGUGGAGCAAGCAAUGCUUGCAGAAGAAGAUGAGUGGACCACCUGAUGAGUUCACUAGUAGAGGGUUGUUGAUUUCAAUGGAAAACACUCUCACAGAUUGGUUUGGAGUGAUGCAAGAUUGGGAGCAUGUUGUUGGAGCCUUGGAGGGGGCUUGGGUGAGCGGCGACGGGAGAGGAGGCCACUCCGCGGAACCGUCUCCGUCUCCCCCAGCGAGCAGUUAUUUCAUGAACUCGUUGCUGCCACAAAUGCCAAUGCACCUGCUGAGCAAGCCGAGAAGGCUGAAACUCUGUCUGUUUCAGCGAGCACCAAGGGCCAUCUGUUUCAGCAAGCUCACAUGAGACUACUUUUGCACAGUUUGUAACAUGGUUGAAAUGAGACUACUUGUGCAUGAAAAGAUAUCAAUACAUGUGCAAGAAUAUUGCAAUUGAGACUGAACUGAACUUGUGCAUUUA